AGUGGGUGUAUCCAGCCCAGCCGCUCCGAUGUUAGGAAACAGCAACUCUUCCAUCCUACUCAGUCUGCUCUCUACUCCCCCUGUUUCAGCCAGUCUGUCUGCCCGCUAGCGUAGCACUCUCCUUUCACUCGCCACUAUUCAUCCCCAUCCAGGAUACAUUUACACAUACCCACGCAGGGCGACCGGAUUUCUGUCUCAGUGGACUGACGGGCUCGGCUGAUAGAACCGAUAUGCAGACAAUAUAUACAGAGCUGGAAAGUGGGGAUCUGUAGUGGUGCUGUGGAAGCUGAAGUUUCAUCCGCCCCCCCCUCCUGCUACGUUUUUUGUCCCAAAGGAUACCACACACAGCUGCAGAGGCUGCAGGCUCCAACUGAAGCAAACGCAAGUCGAUGACUGAGAUCUCCGCCUCCCAUGAUGGACAAGAAAAGUGCCAACGGCUUUCAGACCAAAGCCAGUGAGGGCAGCAUUCAGAAGAAGCAGCUGCCCUACUCAGUGGAAACCCCCUAUGGCUUCCACCUGGACCUGGACUUCCUCAAGUAUGUUGACGACAUUGAAAAAGGCAACACCAUCAAACGGGUUCAUAUUCAGCGCAGGGUCAAGAGCCCAGCCAAAUUCAGCACACUGCCCAGAAAUUUCAGUCUUCCUGGGCACGGGGCCAGGCCUCCCCCUAAGGACAAGGACAGCACGUGGUCCGGGACUUCCACCUUGGGACCCAAGCCAAAAUCACGGGUGACAGAGGUCCAACAGAUCUACGACUUCAGGGCAAGCGAAGGGGGGACCUCCAGCCAUAUCAGAGCUGGCCAUGUUUCAGCGAAGCCCAGAGACGAAUUGGGAGCUGGAGCAAAGGAUGUUGAAGAGAGAACCUCGGGUAUUCAAAGCCGUCCGAACCUGCUCCGAGCAUCGAGCAUGCCCAUCACCCUACAGCAGAGAAAGGCUUCCGAUUCGAGCAGUCCGGAUCGGGUUGUAGGAACACCGGAGAGUGGCUCGACGGAGAACGUGUUUCGUGCUUCACCGGACAUAACUGAGAGGCGGUGUAUUCCUCAGGAUCGGACAGGGCUUCACCAGCAGAUCACUGUGGCACUGAAGCGGGUCAGGGAGCUAGAAGAGCAGGUGAAAACCAUUCCAGAACUCAAGGCUCAGAUCUGCUCACUGAGGGAAGAGAGGGAGAAGCUGCUGCUUCAGCUACACGCCCAUGCCCAAGCCCAAAGCAAAGCCCAGGUUUCCUCUUUGCCCUCCACAAUAGCGUCCAAGCAUGACUCUGGGACACACACUCAGCCACAAGGACAGAGACCUUCAGCGGGGCUCAACUUAGCUCUGAAGACUCAACCCACUGGAGGUUUAGAGUCUUCAGGGCCGACAAAGCUUGUAACAGAGAAGGCAAAACAAGCUGUUAUAGAGAAAAGUAAAGUGUUACAAAGAGAGAAGGACAUAAAUCAGGAAGCUUUGAACAGCACAUCAGCACAUUUGCAAACGAGUAGGCUGUCAGAGCAAGAAUUGCAAACAGAGACUUUAGAGAGUACACAGGAUGAUGCAGUGCAAAAACUAUCACAAGAUAUUGCCGGACAGGAAUUAACAUCACUCAGGGAGGCUUUAAAAGACGCAGAGACAAGCAAGAUUCAAGAUGGUGAUGCUGCAAAAGCGGGCAAACUCGAGGAACCCGACAGUAUGCAGAAUCUACAGGAAAAGCUGAUGAUACUGGAGGCUAAACUUACUCAGGCUAGCCAAGAUCUGGAGAGAACCAAUACACUUUUGAAAGAACAAAUGGAUGAGAACAAGGUAAAAGAAGAGAGAAUACUACAACUGAGUGAUGGAGUGACGGCGGAGGCGUGUACUCCAGAAGCACAAAACAGACCUAGAAGAGAGAGCAUCGACACAGGGACCGAGACAGAGAGAGUAGAUUUCACCCACCAAGAGACGGAGACAGAGUCAGCUGGUACAGUAGAUCAGGGAACGGAUACCGAUAGGAUCUGUAUUAAGGUGUCUGGACCCACACCAGGGGCUGAAAGUAUCAAUGACCAAACAGAAACUGAUAAAGUGGACACAAAGGAACAGUCGAUAGAGACAAAGGCAGAAGCCGUGAGCCCACCGAGACCCAGAGCCAACAGCAUUGAGCGGGGCACCGAAACCGAGAGGAUCGCCACUCAGGAUAAGACGACAGAGACGCCGGUAGCAGAGGGGGCAAACCAAGUCACAGAAACACAGGGGGAGACACUAAGUGACCGUCCUCACAGACCACGGGCCAGCAGUGUAGAUCGGGGGACAGAGACAGAGAGAGUGAACACUGUGGACAGGGUGACCGAGACAGCGGAAGCACAGAGGACAGACCAGCAUGCCGGGACAGAGGUAGAAAGACAGCGGGACAGGAACCCAGCCGGAGAUGCAGAGGUAGAGAGUCAAGUAAGAGAACUUCCAGGCAGUGAAACGUUAGAAGAAGUAGGUAGCAGGGUUAGUGAAAGAGGGGAGGAUAUGGAAGCUAAUGAAAUAGUUCAAAGACAGAGUGGAGAAAGCAAACAUGUGGCAUGUAAUGACAGUUCAAUUGCAGUCCAAGAGAGCAACGUUGAAGAAAGUGUAGUUUCAGACAUUGUAAGUCAGGAUCAAGGGUGUUCCAGUGCACUUGUUGCAGAAGUAGAAAAUAUUGAGUCCAAGAUUAAAACUGUGAUCGUGUGCGCAACAACCAAAGAGACUGUGGUCACUGACACAGUCGUAUUAAUAGCUGAAGAGAAUGUCAAUGUGAAGGCAGCAGCUCCUGUGCGACCCCAGAGGGGCCGAAAGCUCUCAGCCGAGCAGGUACAGCCGAUACCCGCUCAGGUUCAGGCCGCUCCUGUGCGUCCUCAUCGGGCAUCCAGUGAAACUCAAGCGCAGCGGUCCCAGGUGGACGUUCCACUUCAGCCCGGGGCCCAAACCCAGGCUCAGCUCUCUGAAACACAGACAGAAUCCCCGUCUCAAGCCUCAUGCCCGUCUCAGGUUGAGGACAGCAGCCUUGCCGAGAGGCCUUCAGCGGAGUCGAGUGGGAAACAAACGAAACCACAACCACGGAGUGAAACUCAAGGUGCACCACCGGGCGCCAGUGUAAAAAAACGUCCCAAAUCAAUUCAAGCGCAGACCAGACGGCAUUCUAAAGAACUAAAAGCAUCACAACCUCCCGGUGGAGUACCAGGGGAAUCCCAGACCCGCCCAACCGGCCAGGUUUCACAUGAGGCUCAACCCUCGUCCCAGGGCUCCCGUAGAAGUUCCGCUGAGACUCAAGCCCCUCAAAAGAUGCCCGGCGAGACACAAUCACCGCGCAGAGGCUCCGGCGAGACAACCCAACGUCGCGUUUCAAGCGAAACGGCCGAGCCUCAUCGCAGAGGCUCCGGUGAGACAACCCAACGUCGCGUUUCGAGCGAAACCCUUGACUCGCGUCGGGUAGCCGGCGAGGCCGAGCCUCAUCGCAGAGGCUCCGGUGAGUCGCCAACGUCGCCUGCGGCUUUGGGCCAAGUUGUGACCCGCCUGACGGGGCUUCUGGGCGAGCAGUGGGCACAGCUGGGGAGCAGCACUGGGGCUCAACAGACGACGGCCGGCCAGCAGGAGAGCCCCAGCGCACAGAAACAGACAACGGGGAAAAGGGCCGAAGCAGCGAAAGGAGCAUCAGCCAAGCCUCUAGGGAAAGCUGUUCCUGCAGCGACCGCGGGGAAGGCAGCCGGGAAGCCUGGUCCCUCCAAAAUGAGCUCCAUUCAAAGUCAACUGGUCAGCUCCCUCAGCGUCCUCUCCGCCUUCUACUCGCCGGGCCAGAAAGCUGCUGCUGCCAGCAAACAGCGCGAUCAAGGUCUCAAAUCAAUUAUGAAGAAAAAUGGGGUCGCUGACAAGCAGGGGAACAAGGGAGCCAAGAAAAACCUGAAGUUUGUUGGGGUGAACGGAGGCUAUGAGUCGACAUCCAGCGAAGAGUCCAGUGGAGAUGAGAAGUCAAAGGUGGAGGUGGAAGAGGAGAAAGGAAGCUCCUCACCAGAGGUAGAGAAAGAAAAGGCAACAGAGCCUGAGCCAGCAGACAAGCCCGAGGAGGGAGCGGUGACACAGGAGAAGGAUGCAGAGGUCUCCACUGAGGGAGGAGGUGCCGUGGCUGCAGAGACGGAGGGUGAAAGAGGCCUCCUGGAUAUAGAAGGCAGUCAGGAGCUUCCAGAAGAAAAGGCUGAAGGGGAGAAAGUGAACCAGGGGUUCAUAGACGCCUGCCUCUAUGUAAAAGACCGAAUGGAAGAGGUUUCUUCACCAGAUAAAGAAAUGCGCCAGGUCCUAGUGGUGCUCUACCAGGAGUGGUUCAAGAUAUCCAGUCAGAAAGAAUCGCAGGCCGAUACCGUCAGAUUGUACCUGAGACAAGUGGGCUUCACCACGCCCACCCUCCUGCCAUACGUAGUCAAUUUAACUGACGGCAACGGGAACAUGGCCCUCCACUACAGUGUGUCACAUUCAAACUUCCCCGUGGUCAAACUGCUGCUGGAUACCGGUCUGUGUGAGACGGACAAUGUAAACAAGGCAGGCUACACUCCCGUGAUGCUUGCUGCACUGACAGCUGCCGAGAGCUCUGACGACCUGGAGGUUGCACAACAGCUGUUGAGAAUGGGUGACGUCAAUGCGUGCUCCAGACAGGCGGGCCAGACGGCGCUCAUGCUCGCGGUAAGCCAUGGCCGCGUUGCCAUGGUAAAGCUGCUCCUGAGCUGCGGUGCGGAUGUAAACGCACAGGACCGAGAGGGCUCCACGGCCCUGAUGUGUGCCAGCGAACACGGACACACCAACAUCGUUCGCAUGCUGCUGGAGACGGGCCGCUGUGACAGCACCCUCACGGACAAGAAUGGACAGACAGCGCGAUCUGUGGCAGAGGGAGCCGCCCACCAAGAGAUACGUGACCUUCUGAAGGCCCACGCUGAAACCCGAGGCCCCGAGUCCUUUUUUACCACGGACCUCCAGUGACAUCCAAACCACUCUCGCUCUCCAACCAACAACCGCACAAUUUACACAACUUUUUGCCCACCAACAAAGAGGAAAAAGGAUUUCACUCAAAUGAACUACAGACAGGAGGACACCAUACAAGACUUAGUAUGCAGAGUGAAAGAAGUGGAUGUACUCGGUUGCUGAGGCCCUGUGGGUGUUUAUGGAAAUGCUGCAUUUAACCACUCAGUGGAUAGACAACAAAUGAGACCCUGUGGAUUUGAUGAUAAGGCAUUGCCAUGGUGACAAUUGACAGGAAAUCACAUAUGAGACAGGGUGAGAAUAUUAAAGGGCAGCAGGGACGGACCGAAUCGCAAGUGGAUGAAGAGAUGCUCUAAAAACGUCUGCUUCUUAUCUUAUCAACGAGCUCUUCAAGCAAAAAUACUAAGCACAUGAUCUACCUUUCAAAUAUAUAAUAUUAAAUAUGACAUAAUUUCUAUUUUUCCUUCAUGAGAUUGGCAUUAUCAUUUCCAUAUUUGAAUAUGGAAAUGAUUGAGAAAUGAUACACACCAUAUAUGUAGAAUGUUAUUCGAAUGCAUUAUACUCAUACAGAAACAAAGAAAACUGUAUUUUCUGCUGCACUUUUUUUUAUUGUGUUUGUGUAAAGGAAAUAGUCCUCUCUAAGAAACUAUAUAAAAGUGUCUAAAAGUGUGAAUUAUAAAAAAGAUGUUAUAUAAUUAUAGAAUAGAGUGUCCAGGUAAAUUUCCCAUCAUUCAGUGGAUAUUAAACAAUAAUUAUUGUAUUGUUUUUGCCAUAGUAAUGAUGUUUUUCCAGAUACAGGGACAUGGGUGAAAAUGUUUUCUGUUGAACAUUUCUAUGUUACGAAUUUUUAUAACCACAAUGUUACCAGAUUAAAGAAAGACAAACGUUUUCUAAUAAGAAGAUUGUUCAGUUCAGAAGGUGCUGCAUGACGAUACACAGUUACUCUCCCUACUGGCUGGCAUUUAAUACUAAACGAACAACAGUAUGUUGUAAUACUGUUUUCAUGAUAAGCGUCUCUCUCUCUCUCCCUCUUGGUCCCUCAGUUCAAAUACAAUAUGUGUCUUGUUUGCCUUCUCAUUUCAAAUCCAAUCCUGUAUGCAACUGCUACAAAAUGCACAAUGAAUGUCAGGCCGACUAUGAUACAUUCCGAGAAAACAAUCUAGCAAGUAUAACUGUACCGGCUUGGAUCAUGGGACUAAAUAAUUGUUCACCAUGUGCGACUAAAGACACUUAAUCUUUACAACAAAUGUCUGGUCUGCCUGUUCUCAAAUGACUAACAAUUCGAUGCCGCUUCAAGUAAUUCAUAAUUUCAAAACGAUAUGUCAAAAACAAGUUUUUUUUUAUUGCUGCAAUGCGGAAAGAAGCAAUAUCGAUGCUAACUUUUAAAUCCUAAACCUCUAGGGGGAGGAACUCUGGUCCAGCCUUAAUCAGAUGACGAUGUCACAUCUUAGAGAUAAGAUGUGUUCCAGGGAGUGUGGUCGUCGUCUUCUUCUAUUUUAAACAAACGCACACCCAUAUUUCUAAAGAAUCUUUGAACAGAAGUUCUGGUUUGAUUCAAUGUUUACAACGUAACAGCUCACCUUCAGUGACCCCUGCGGAAAACGCCCAGCAGACAAUGUUAUCAACAGAUCGGUAACGUUCCACAGUAACUGAAACAAAAGUUAAUUAAAUGCUCUGUUUAACAGACUUUUGGAAGUAACAUUGUCAACUAAUUGGGUACGGUCUCGAGUUUGUAACACAGGCUUUCUGUUGUAAACCUUUAGUCUCCAUGACAAGAUAAAUCUAAUGAUAUUGUCCAGUUACUUCUUAAAGGAAGCUCCUCCAGAGACGACAUCAGCCACAUGUUCUCUGUCUGACCGGGUUAAUUGCUGGGGUCACUGGAGGUGGCAUUUGAAGGUGAAUACCACUCACAUUAACAACUGCCAUGUGUGAUCUGCGGGAGGCCAAUCUGCAUUGAGGUGCAGACGGCGCCGUGCAAACGCUGUCCAGUUCUGAGAUAAUCGCCUUUCUUUUUACGAGCUGCCGUGUGAUCUGACCGCUCAGUCUCUCAUUCCCAGACAUUGUUUUUGUGGAUGCUAAAAUGAUUCUUUACGGAAUCCCCGUGAAGAUAUACUUGUUAUAUGACGUAUCUCGUUUAUGUAGUAAUAUAGAGAAUGGAUUAAUUUAAGCAAUAAUGGGAUAUUUUCAACAGUGGCUUUAGUAAUCAAAUCAUUUGUUUCGUAACAAAGUAGCAAAGAUUUCCUCAACAAUGAGUCUUGCAUUAAAACAGGAUCAGAAAUAACUUAUUUUAAAUCAUCGCAGCACAUGUGAUCAUUUCUGGUUGUCUGUACACUGAGGCACAUUGAUGCUUCCUGUUAGACAGACGGCUAAACGAUGAUCCAAUCGGUGCUGUGUGAAAUAUCUGGUAUAUCUGGUCUUCCGUGCUCGUGUAUUAAGUCUUGAAGUGAAUCACAUCCAUAUGUUUAAUCCAGUGUGACCCAGAUCUGAAACGGUUUCAUUACUGGCUCAACACCAAAGAACUGAAAUUAAAUCGGUUUCACAUGGGGUUGAAUAUAUAGUUUUAUCUGUUUAGUAAUCAAAAAUAAUCAAAAAUCGUGUACAGACAGUAUUGUGACAAAUAUAUAACAAGCAUUGUCUGAAGGUUUGCUCUAUAAAUGAUACAAGUAUUUAUUCCAAAUGCUAUAUUUUUUACCAUAUAUAGUAUACUUAUGUAUGCAUGGACAAAUAUUCCAGUGAUUGUGUUGAAGGGGAAAUUGAAUGAUUGAGAAUGAUGCAGAGUGUUCCCUGAUGAUGUGAUUAUCUAGCGUACCAUGGAUUGGCAGGGUGGUGAAGUACAUGUGUGAUGUGGACAUGGUUUUGACUGCGUCAUGUGCCCUUUAAUUUUACCCUUGAUAUUUCUGGGUAAACGUAAACUCUAAAGCAGUAUUGACACCGGCUAAAGCUAUACUGGCAUUUCUCAUUGGUUUGGAUGAGAUUAUGUACAUGACAGAGUCAAAAAUAAAAACAUGUACCUCUCUGUAAUAUCCCUUGAACAACAGGCUUAUAUGUGGCAAAACCAGAGAACUACUUCUGAAUAAAUACAUAUUAAUAUCAAAGA